ACCGUCAGACCCUGCUAUCUGCAAGGGCUCUUAUGGCAUACGUACACAUGAAGGGGGUAGUGGACGUAUAACAGGACAGAUAAGGCAUGAUUAUGUUGGGGAGUCUAGGCCAAAGACUACAGAAGUUCAAGGUCCUGCUUCACGCCAGGCUCCCAAGCCCCCGUUCGACGAUGAGGCUUUCGAGAGCCAUGUCUCGGUGCCAACUUCUUGAGGGUAUUGACACCAAUUUCCAGCCCUCGUAACUUCAUCGCCGAAGCUCAGCGAGGCCAUCGUCAAAGAUGAGGAGAUGGACGGCGCCGUCGUCAAAGACGAGGAGAUGGAUGCCGAGUGCCCCAAGCCCAAACUCGACAAGCGGUUGCCGUGUACGGCCAUUUCCAUAUCGAUAUAUGUUGACAGCAACUCGAUCUGUGUGCGAAAAGGAUGUCCGGUGAUCGGCGAGAGCAAGCGGCCUGCGGCUCAACAACAUUUGUUUGCACUCGACUCUCAUCUUCCUUUCUUUCUUCCAUUCACCCCAACAAGGUUCGCAAGGUGGCAUUCCAUCUUUGAUCAACACAGUCCCUUCUUCCCGAUCCGACAACAGUUGUCAUAUCAAUCUCAUUCCACAUUAACGACCCUUCUCAGCGUUUUCUAUGGCAUCAGUGUCCACAGCAACUGCAACGUAGAUCACUUCAGCCCGCUCCUUGACAUCUUCUUCAUCGACGAGCACAACAGCACCUUCGGAGUCGAAUCCGUUGCCAGCUUAAGGACUGCAAAGACUCUUGACACAGUUGAUCAAGUCAGGUUCACUCCUCCUGGCGUCUGCCACUAUUCAUCGCUCCUCGAACUGCGUCCGACGCGAAGUCUCUCCAGUCAAGAUAGGGAUACUCGACUUGGGCUCAACACUGAAGCUGAUGUCCUGACCCUGGUAUCCAUGGACGGGGCUUGAUGGACUUGUUACACAGGUACGCGUCUCACAAGCUAGAGGUGUACGUUAUCCAAUGGACAACGCAAAACUUGUUUCUUAUUAUUCCCAAACA